GGAAAGUAUAUAACGGCCAGUGAGCUGGUCCAGAGGGUAUACGUUUCGUUCCAUCCGUUCAGAACAGUUCAAUCUAUCAAGCUACAAUGACCGGUCGCGGCAAAGGAGGCAAAGGUCUUGGAAAAGGAGGCGCCAAGCGUCACCGGAAGGUUCUUCGUGAUAACAUCCAAGGUAUCACCAAGCCCGCCAUCCGUCGUCUGGCUCGCCGUGGUGGUGUGAAGCGUAUUUCCGGGCUGAUUUACGAGGAAACCCGAGGUGUGCUGAAGGUGUUUCUGGAAAACGUAAUCCGUGAUGCCGUCACCUAUACUGAACACGCCAAGCGCAAGACCGUCACGGCCAUGGACGUCGUCUAUGCUCUGAAGCGACAGGGACGCACUCUGUACGGUUUCGGAGGUUAAAUCAACAU